AUGUCUGACUACAACGGAGGUUACACCAAAUACAACAGCGGCUACAACAACUACAACGACGGCCAAAGACACGACAACGGCGGCUACCAACGUCAAGGUGGUUUCCAGCGUGGCGGUUUCCGUGGCAGAAACGAAAGAGUCGAAUUGACCACUCCUGAGUGGGAUAUGGACUCCUUGCCCAAGUUCGAGAAGAACUUCUACACCGAGCACCCAGAGGUCGCUGCCAGAUCCGAGGAUGACGUCAGAGCCUUCAGAAAGGAGCACGACAUGACCUGUGAGGGUACCGACAUCCCUAAACCAAUCACCUCGUUCGACGAGGCUGGCUUCCCCGACUACGUUUUGUCCGAGGUCAAGCAGCAGGGUUUCCCUAAGCCUACCGCCAUUCAGUGUCAGGGUUGGCCUAUGGCUUUGAGCGGUCGCGAUAUGGUUGGUAUCGCUGCCACUGGUUCCGGUAAGACUCUUUCUUACUGUUUGCCAGCCAUUGUGCACAUCAACGCUCAGCCUUUGUUGAAGCACGGUGACGGUCCUAUUGUGUUGGUUUUGGCUCCUACCAGAGAGUUGGCCGUGCAGAUCCAGCAGGAGUGCUCCAAGUUCGGUGCCUCUUCCAGAAUCAGAAACACCUGUGUCUACGGUGGUGCCCCUAAGGGUCAACAAAUCAGAGACUUGGCCCGCGGUGUUGAGAUCUGUAUCGCCACUCCAGGUAGAUUGAUCGAUAUGUUGGAGACCGGUAAGACCAACUUGAGAAGAGUCACUUACUUGGUGUUGGAUGAGGCCGACAGAAUGUUGGACAUGGGUUUCGAGCCUCAAAUCAGAAAGAUUGUUGACCAGAUUAGACCAGACCGUCAAACCUUGAUGUGGUCUGCUACCUGGCCAAAGGAGGUCAAGAACUUGACCAGAGACUACUUGGUGGACCCUAUCCAGGUCACCAUUGGUUCCUUGGAGUUGUCUGCUUCGCACACCAUCACCCAAUUGGUUGAGGUCAUCCCUGAGUUCGAGAAGAGAGACCGUUUGGUCAAGCACUUGGAGACUGCCACUACUGACAAGCUGGCCAAGUGUCUUGUCUUCGCUUCUACCAAGAGAGCUUGUGACGACAUCACCUCCUACUUGAGAGGUGACGGCUGGCCUGCCUUGGCCAUCCAUGGUGACAAGGACCAGCACGAGAGAGACUGGGUCUUGAAGGAGUUCAAGACUGGUAACUCCCCUAUUAUGGUGGCUACUGACGUUGCUGCCAGAGGUAUUGGUAUGUAUUUUCCAUUUUUGCGCUACUAA